AGUGUUUCGAAGAGUGCGACGACGGGACGACCGUCACCGAUGGCUGGUGCCGGGGGUGUCCCGGCCUUCGGGGUGGACUCUCGCUGGAGCUGGAUUACCAUGGGCUUCUGCAGCUGGGUCCUCUUCAUGGACACCCUAAGCCUGAAGGCGUUCGGGACUCUCUUCUACGGCGUCAUCGAGACUUUCGGCGUGACUAGAAACGACGCUUCCUGGCCCUUCACUGUUGCGGACGCCGUCAGCAGCUUCGUGGGCCCCUUGUGCGGCUACCUGUGUCGGCGGUUCUCUUGCAGAAAAGUGCUUCUCGUCUCUUCCUUCUUCUGCGGCAUCGGUGUCCUUGUCUGCUACUUCGCUAAAGAUGUGGUCUUUCUGGUCGUGUUCUUCGGCGUGGUGCACGGAUGCAGCCUGGCUGGCGUUCUCAUUGGUGUAAAUGUGCUCGUAAUUCAGCACUUCGAGAAAAGACGUGCAACUGCCUGUGGACUAAUGUACACCGCAGCCUGUCUGAAUGCGUUCGUCGUGCCUCCACUUGUAGAGUUCUUCCGCUCCUACUACAGCACAAGAGUGGCGUUCCUUUUGCUGGGAGCGCUGAUCCUGAACGGCUUUCCGGGAACCCUAGUUUUACACAGCCCCACGAAGACUGCCAACGCCGAGGAAAGUGUUGUGUCUGGGACCAUCCAGUCCUCCGGUAAAGUCGCUUCUUCUGGGACGUCUAUUACCAGCGAACUCUCGGUGGAAUCCAUUUCCGUCGCAUACCUCAAGGACGGAAACACGCCAUUGGUGCCUAGGACUGAAUACGAAGGGCUCGGUUUCAAAGCCACCGUGAACAACGUACUGACGUGUGACUUCUGGGUGAACGCCAUCAGUUACUCCAUGGUGUACUUCGACCUCGUAACGUUCAUGAUGGUGGCUGUGGACCUAGCCUCUGACCGAAAGAUCGCCCCGUCACUUUCAGUGUUCCUCUUCCACACGUUCACCAUAGGAGAUUGCCUCACGAGGACGCUGAGCGGAUUCGUGGUGGACUCGGGAUAUCUCAGGCUACAGACGGUGAUGGCGCUGGGUAUGUUCUUUCAAGGUGUGGCCUUCCAGUCAAUGGUGUGGGCGACCGAGUUGUGGUCGCUUCUGGCCUGCUCUUUGCUCCUGGGACUGAGCACGGGCUCCAGGAUUUGUCUGAGUACCAUCGACCUGGUGCGCCACUUUGGCGUCGAGGCACUUCCCGUCAUGCUGGGGACCAUGACAUUCGUCGCUGGUGUGUUCACCAUGCUGAGGCCACCGCUGGUAGGCUACUUCAGGGAUCUCCUGGGAACAUACGACGGAUUUCUUCACAUCCUGACAGCGACUAACCUUACUAUGGCGACCGUGUGGACGGUCAGGUACUUCAUCGAGAGGCGGAAAGAAUGAAGGAACGCCGUCAACUAAACGGAGUGCUCGAAUGAUGUCGUUCGUCUUGAUCACAUGAUCAUAUAUCGCAGAAAUACUUUAUCGAAGGCUGCGACUCGACCAAAAGAUCUGUGGCCGCACGAAAGGGAAAGGCGGAGAAGCGUCUUGGUGUCGUGUGAUCUAUACUUGAAGGGAGCCUUGGACUUCGUGUUAUGGAGGCAAAUAUUCAUUGUAAAAAAAAAAAAUAAUAAUAAGCUACAUGCAUGUAAUAUAAUUUACUGGUUGCCUGAACUCUCAAUUAAAAACAAACAGCAACAAAAAA